AUGAAUUCAAAUGUUUCUAAAUUACUAACCACGAUUGCUACUUUGCUAUUGCUAGCUUCCAUUAGUCUAGCAAAAAGUGAAGACCAAAUCAAGCGACAUCUUACCAAUUAUCAACUCCACUCGCCUAUCAAGGCUUAUUUCGACUAUAAUCGAUCCUCAUGUCGUGGCCAAUUUAACUUCUCUGUGGCCAAUAAAACGAUACUCCUAUCCAUCAGACCUUCACAGAAUGUCUCAUGGAAUCGAAAUAACAGCCAAAAUUGUACCAUCUUGCCUAUUAGUGUUGUUGGAAAAGUAACUAAUAAUUCACAAUCAUACGUCGAUGGAAUAGUGACAAGCCAUGGAGAAUUUUACGGAAAAAUCGCAAUAGGACGUGGAAAAUUUACAAAGAUUUAUUAUGUUGAUUCUUGGUUUAGUGACCAUGAUGAUGAAAGAUAUGCAUUAAUAUAUAGUUUUGCAGACUUGAUUCCAUAUCAAUAUCGUAGUGGAACUGCCAGGUAUGGUAUUCUGACUGAAAGUAUUGAAAAUCUUGACAAAUAUCUUGCUACAGAUCAGGAUCUUUCGCUUUUGGAAGAAGACAGUGAUGAGAUGUUUAUACAAUCAAAGGUGUCGCCUAAUAGACUAGACGAUUCUCCUCUCAACUGGAAAUCAGGUCCUCUCCAAGUUAAGAAAAAAAUUUGCAAGCUGCUAGCCAUUUCUGAUGCUAGCUUUACUGUUAGCUACCAUAAUAACAAACCAGUCAUUGAAGCAGCUUUAUGGAAUAUUGUUCUAGCAGGGAAUAAAUUGAUCCAAUCCUUGUCUGUGGAUGAUGACCAUUACAUUAGGGACGAAAUAGAAUUUCAACUGGAUAGCGUUCAAAUUGAAGAGCCAGAUUGGUACGUCAAUGAGGCGGGGCAGGAAGAUAGCUCAGAUCCUAUGGAAUAUUUACUGCAACGUUCUCGGCUAAAUUACAACGAUUACUGCUUAGUUAUUGUACUUACUAAUCGUGAAUUCACUAACCACGAAAACAGUAUCAGUUGGACUCAUGGAACAAAAAACUUUGGUCUAUGUUCACCUUACCAGCAGCAUCCUACUGUUCAAGAAAUGAUAUCGGGAAAUGUAAUGAUUAUCAGUCGAAAAAGUCUCAAUUCUACUCUGCCUCAAGCCAUGAUAGAGAAUGAAUUUAUUCAAGAAUUAGCUAUUGCCACUGGUCUAUGGCACGAAGAUAGAGAAUGCUUAGAUAAAAGCACGACUAAAGCUAUUUUAGCUCAAACUAAUCCAUGCGAUAAGCAAUCUAUUCUCACUACUCUACGUGAUCGAUUGAAUACAUGUUCCAGGAAACAGUUACUUGAUGUAAAUGUUGCCUCCAAUCAAUGUGGCAAUGGUAGAAUUCAACCUGGUGAAGAAUGCGAUUGCGGCGCAAAAGAAGAUUGUUCAGACAGUUGUUGUGAUGCAGAAACUUGCAAACUGAUAACGUCGAGUCAAUGUAGUCCAAGCCAAGGUCCUUGUUGUAAUCCAGAUUCAUGCAUGUUUUAUAAUGUAUCGGAAGAAAUUGCUUGUCUCCAUGAAGAAGAAUGCUAUCAUAGCAGUUUAUGUGAUGGCAAGACACACGGUUCGGUUUGCCCUCCACCAAAAACGAAGCCUGAUUCAACGUUAUGUGAAGGUAAUAGAAAGACGUGCCAAAAUGGAGAAUGUUCAGGAUCUUUAUGCUUACAAUAUGGUCGUCAAGCAUGCGAGUGCCAAGUGAAGGAGAAAUCUUGCCAUCUAUGCUGUUGGAAUGAAAACACAAAGACUUGUCAAAGUAUUUCCGACUAUCCAGAAUAUGAUAAGUUGCCUGGAAUGUACAAGCCAGAAGGAAGCAACUGUGGAAAUGGUAGUGGAAUUUGCAAUUGGGACGGACAUUGUAUACCUCCAGUUCGAAUUGGAGCUAGUUUUAUUAGUGUCAUUUUACGUAAGCUAUUGCGGUAUUUAGGUAGAGCUCUUUUGGCAGCCAUGUUAGCAUUCCUUGCUACUACCCUCCUUAUUUACUACAUGCUAUAUAAUGAGCCUUUCUUUUUCGCUUUACUGUUUCUGACGUCUGUCGGUUUUGGAUAUUUUCUGAACAAGAAAUUAUUUACUACUUGCCAAUCGGCCAAGGAUGAAGAUCAAAAUAGUGAAGAGCGCUUACGAGUAUGA